AUGCUAAUAUUCGGGACGAGGUGGGCGGUAAAAGUAACCGCAGGGAGUUGGUGGGGGGCGGGGGGGGGGGGGGGGGUGGGGGGGGGGGGGGGGGGGGGGGGGGGGGGGGGGGGGGGGGGGGGGGGGGGGGGGGGGGGGGGGGGGGGGGGGGGGGGGGGGGGGGGGGGGGGGGGGGGGGGGGGGGGGGGGGGGGGGGGGGGGGGGGGGGGGGGGGGGGGGGGGGGGGGGGGGGGGGGGGGGGGGGGGGGGGGGGGGUGGGGGGGGGGGGGGGGGGGGGGGGGGGGGGGGGGGGGGGGGGGCGGGGGGGGGGGGGGGGGGGGGGGGGUGGGGGGGGGGGGGGGGGGGGGGGGGGGGGGGGGGGGGGGGGGGGGGGGGGGGGGGGGGGGGGGGGGGGGGGUGCUACUAAAAGGGCUUUUAACCUCCCUGGAUUACUAG